AAUGUGUGGGCCCAAUUAUAGAGAGAGGAAAGCAAGCACACGGCUUUUCACAUUACUGUUUCCCGCUUUCCCGCUCCUCCUCCAUUGAAAUCUCCACCUUCUUCUUCUUCAGUAACCGAUCCACUCUCUUCGUCUUCUUCUUCUUCUUCUUUUAGUGCUUCGUUUUUGUUUUCCGGGAGGCGAAGUUGGAGUAGAACGACCCAGUUAGUAUAAACCUCGCCGGAAAUGGAUACACCAGAUAAGAACCGCAUCUCCGCCGUUUCCUUCUGCAACUUCGAGGAUUCUCCAGUUUUUCAAUAUAUUAAUGAUCUCUCUCCAAUAGAGCCAGUGAAGCCAGGACGCCCAGAGAAUAUCUUGCACUCACUGGUUUUUACAUCUCCAUCAUCAUCAUCAUCUCUAUUUUGUUCCCCGCAGUUAAACUCUUACCGAGAUUCCAGAUUUUUCAUCAAAAGGCAUCGUUCUCUAGAUCUAUCGAGUCCAGUAGUCCUCAUCGGUGAGACUCUAAAAAACUCACCAGAUGCUUUAUGGGAGGAGAAGCUAAAGUGUAGGCCUGAGAAGUUGGAAAAUGUUUCUGAACCCAAGCCAUUUAAGGAGCAGAUAAGCUUAGCAAUUGAGUUGGCGAAUUCAUUGAAACACGGAAGAGAUGGAUGUGAUAUUCAGAUGGUUUCUUGUGAUGAAGUACCUAUGGAUGCUGAUGAUGAAAUAGGAAGCGGUGGUGGAUCCAGAGAGCUGUCUGAUGAGUUAUGUAGACAGUCUUUUGAUCCACUUGACUUUGAUGCUGAUUCAGAUGGAGUACUUCACACUGAUGAAAUGGAAGCUGAGAGUGGGUUUGGUAAAGAAGUAAUAAUGUUUGAUGUUGCUGAUAUCCAGAACUAUGAGCAACAGAUUCCAAGGACCACAGAUCCUAGAUUUUAUUCUCUUGCUUCUGAGCCUCAACAGUUUUCUAUCUACUGUAAUAACUCAAAUUAUGUCGAAGAGCGGGAAGGUUCGUGCAGUGUACAAGUUGCAGCUGGAGCUCCAGACAUUAAUCUCAGUUGUUCCUCCAAGGUAGCAGCUAUUGAUUCAACUGCCGAAGCUGAAGACAAGGAAGAUAAAGACCUUCAGCCCAGUGGCAAGCAACGAAGUGUACGCAGGCGCUGCUUAACUUUUGACAUGGGAGGGUCUCACAAAAGGAUACCUUUGCGUGAUUCUACAAAUGAUCUUCCUCUUGAUUCUACCUCUAUCAAUAAAGCUCCCAGUCCACAAAAUUGUUUAGACACCAGUAAACAAGACACUGAUGAGAUUCUACCCAUUCCACGAACGAUUGGCCUGCACUUGAAUGGUUUCGUGAACCCCUCAGUCUCAAGUGGCCGAAAAAAAAAAAAAAUCAAAGAUGGUCAGGCUUUUCCUUCUACAACAUUUCAUUAUAAUAUUGAAGAUGAAUUCUCAACUCCUGUCUCCACAAAAAGAGAUUUGGUGGUAUUCAGUGAUGUCAAAAUCAUGGAGCCUCCUGAGAGAUCAGUGGAAGGAGAAUGUUUUGACCAACUCAUGGCAAUGGAAAAUAGGCAAUUGUCUCAAGGACUUGACGAACUUGGCAGCUGUAAGCGCUGUAAAUGUAGGAAAUCACAAUGCUUGAAGCUGUAUUGUGAAUGUUUUUCCGCUGGUCUAUUCUGUGGUGAACCUUGUUCAUGUCAAAAUUGUUUCAAUAAGCCCAUUCAUGAAGACCUAGUUAUGAAAAGUCGUGAAGUGAUUAAAGCCCGCAACCCAUUAGCUUUUGCUCCAAAAGUGGUCUCAACUUCUGAUACUGUUAUAGAUUUAUGGGUCGAGAACAGCAAGACUCCUGCUUCAGCAAGACACAAAAGAGGAUGCAACUGCAGGAAAUCAGGCUGCUCAAAGAAAUAUUGUGAAUGCUUUAUGAUGGGCGUUGGAUGCUCCUCUAACUGCAGAUGCAUGGGAUGCAAGAAUACUUUUGGUCACACAAAUGAGCAAUGUGCGGGAGAUUCUGAUGUGGUAACAAUCAAUGAUGAAGCUAAACACUAUGGUGAUCAUGGCGAUGCUUCAAGGCAAAACGAAGAAAUCUUAACCAGUGAGAGAAACCGCUUGUUGCUCCCUGGUUCUGUAGCAUUCCGUUCCUUAACAUCACUGUCAAACCUGUCUGAACUUUGAGACUGACUACUCAGAAGCACCAUCUGAAGAACCAGGAGACUCCUGUUAUGUUAUCAAUCACGCACGACUCAAUCAAUCAAAACCACCGUAUGAAAGCUCUGUGUCUGCUGUUGCUCGAAUGGGUUUUGUUUGAUCUACCUUAAUCUCACUUUCAUCUUGUUAUUUCCAAGUCUAGUUUUGGUGGGUAUAUAUUACAAAUAUAUGUAUUGGAAGAUUUUUGCUUAGGGUGUGAAUGUGUGUUACCUGUUUUGCUCUGCUAGUUUAUAAUGUUUUAGUGUUUGUUUUUCACUGAAGAAAGUUUUGUAGUGGUGUUGUUUGUCUCCUUCCUCUGCUCCGAUUUUGUUCUCUCUUGGUUGCUAACUCAUUCUUUC